CUCCCCUCCUCCUCCUCGUCCUCAGCCUCCUCCUCCUCGGCAGCGGACGCGCCCUCCUCCCCUACGCGCAGGGCGAAGCGCACAGUGAGUGGAAGCUCCAACAGCGGAGUACAGAGCUGCAGCGGGGAGACACCGUGACCGAGCCCGGGGACAGAGGAGUGGAGAGCACUUCUUCACGCGAAGGAAAGAAAGAAAGCAACUCGGGACUUGUCAGAGAGGACUGUCGGUCGGGUCAACAUGGCAUCUCUGAUGAACUCCGCGUGUCUCCUCUUCGUGCCUGUUGCUCUGCUUCUGAUGCUGAGUCCGUGUCCUGUGGCUGCGGCUUCGACCAGAAGGUGUCACUCCAUCUACAAGGGCUUCGCUCAGUGUCUGAUGGCUCUGGGCGACAGUCUGACGGACAACGCUCGCAAGGACGAGGACACGCACGAGAUACACUCCAUCUGCAGGUCGUGGGACGAGUUCCACGACUGUGCCAACGCGGCGAUGGCCGGCUGUCCGGACGAAGCGGCGGCCGUCUGGGAGUCGCUGCGCCAGGAAUCCAAAAAGAUGCAGUUCUCCGGAAACCUCUACGACAUGUGCUCCGACCGGAGCAGCCACCCGGCGUCCUCGCACGCUUCGGCGCCCGACCAGCAGGACGUCAGCCAGGAGUCGCUAAGAGGACGCGCCGACCAGCCCGCGGGCCGCCGCCACGCUGGCAUGCUGCUCGCUCCUCUGCUGCUCCUGUUGUUUUGGAUAUAACUUAACCCCCCGGAGAAAUGGGACAAAUGUGAAUAGAUGUAAACUUUGUGUAUCCCCCCCCCCUCACCCUCCACAAGUCCUUGGACUUUCCACCGUUUUUUCUCCCCCUCUGCUCUGCCAGAGGGCGAAUACUUCUAACUGCAUGUUCAGAGGCCUGACAGUCCUUUUGAUAAUGUAACUUUAAACUGCCUGUGCUGCUUUCAUGCAUAUUCUCUGCCUCUAAAUUAGCCUCCCUGUUUGAAGUCGACACAACAUUUCACACAGAGCCGCACAGCCGCUGUACAAACGGGCCUGCAAACACAUGCAUAGUUAAACAGACGCCAACGCGCAGCCUCGCGUCAUCCGUCCUCGCCUCCUCUGAUCCUGCAGUGCGUCUACCCAGUGUCGCCUCGUAGAUGACGGUUCCGGGAUGGAAUCUCUCUUCCCGAGUGGAAUGCGAGCGAUAUAGUAACAACGUCUGACUUGACCAACCUGAAGACCAAUAGGGAUGAAGAGGCCAGAUGCCACGACUGGCUCCAGCUCAACAUUCAUUUAUCACGAGCCCCUUUGAUGAAUUGUAAAUCCGACGUCCCGUACCUGGCCUGAUCCGUGCAGAUCGACUCACUGGACGCUGAGGCUCCUAUAGACUCACGUUAGCUUCAUCGUUGCCACUGUCAAAGCUCCCAUUUCCCAAAGUUUCCAUCAAAAUCCAAAAGAAUUUCAAAGAAAAUAUCAAUUCCACAACUAUGGACGAAUAUUAGGGAGGUGGUUUCUCAAGAUUGACAGUUGGAUGUCGCCGCUCCUCCAAUCGGGUCCCAGUCCAUCUAUUGGAGACGAGACGAGGUCACGCAAUUUGACCCCCGAAAUGUACGGAACAGAAGCCGAGAAUAUGGCGGAAGUAAAACAUUUGUAUUUGUUGCAUCCAUUAGUGUGAGGAGCGUUAGAGUCGAGUCGGUGUUUCGUUGCCGUGUUCGCUCUUCGGUGGAGCCAAAGCUUCAGGGUUUUUACAUCUCUCUGAUGAAACCUUGACAGUUUCUCCCUCUAAAGUACGGGGAUGCCGAGCAAACCCCACGUUCACCUGACUGCAUGUUGCGUUCCGGCGCGUUGCAGCCCAGGACGCAGCAGCGGCGUGUGCUUGGUAAUUAGUCGGAGCGGGAAGGGGGAACACCAGGGAGCAGAUAGAACACAUCGCAGCGCUGACAUCCAACUAAACGGACAGACGAACAAAAAGAAAAGGGAGCCACAGGGACUCCAACAAGGGGGCGGAGACAAGUGAACACAGGUGAGGCGCGUCAGGAAACAGGUGCAGACGAUGGCAGGGGAACACGCGACGUCUCGGUCCAAUGGCGGAGCAGGACAGGCCAACGUGGGUGAACGAGUCGGACAUCGACGCCGCAGACUCCAUGUCGGCUCAGUCGCGCUCACUGUUGAACCCAAAUCAAAUCAAAAUCAUUGUGACUUCUGAUUCAGCGAAACCUGCAGCAACCUGGGUGGCAGCUCAAACUGAACCGUGUGCAGUCGGACGCUGAAGUUAAAAUGAAGUCCGACCUGCGCUGCAGUUGUUUCUUAUUUGGUUCCUGGCCCAGGUGGCAUCCCGCACUGGAACCAUCCAAUACGGCGCCGCCAUGUUCUCCGGUCCACAAAAUCACAGGCCUCGCGCGUUGCCAAGUGUGUUUCACGCUCCGCGGGUCGCAGCGUGGCCCCCGCAGGCCCGCGCUCGGAGAACUGCUUGUUCUUCUGCGUGGCUCGCAGGCAACAGUUGCUUCUGUCUGGCCCGGGACCAGAGAGGGGGAGAGGGAUGAGCGGUCCCGGUAGAAACAAGCGCCGCUCCGCCUCCACGAGGGUUGAAUCCACCUGUCUUGCGGUGUGUGUUUCACACGAGGGGGGGGGGGGGGGGGGCUCUAGGCUGCACGGGUUUUUUCUUCUCCCCUCGCAAAGAAAUAAAUCAAAGUCGGGCCGAGUUUGAAGACUCUACACUUGAACAAGAUCCUCGACAGCUGCAACAGUGAAGCUGUAAAAGAAAAGAGAUGAUAAGACACAGAGAUGAAGAUGAAGAUGAAGGAACUGCAUCGUCUCUUUUCUCCGUUGCCAUAAAGUUAAAUAGUCGCAGCUUCGGGGUUGAAAUAAAAAAAAUGAGCAGUGCUUUAAAUGAACUUUCUUGUUCACCAGCCAACACGGCUAGAAGUUACCAGCCAAUCAGAUUUUCCACUAGCCAAUUUUUCCCCGAGAUGCCACUGAACACAUUUAAGCAUCCAUGUUUCUUUAAAUUGUUUUUAUUCGCGUUGAUGGCAGAUUUACAUCUAAAUGGUAAGAAUAUAUUUUAUUUGUUUCUUGUUCAAACGCGAGCCGCUCACGACCCGACGGCCUCUUCUCUUCCCCUCCUCUCUCAUCUUCAUCGAGCCCCGGGCGCCGUCCUCUUUUCCUCCUCUGGUUGUUUUUAACAACCACUUGUUUGGUCGUUUUCCUGACUAACGUUGACUUUCACCGCCAACAUUUUUUUCAGCUCCUUUGUUUUGUUUUCCGUUCGUCUUCUCCGUCUCGGCGUGGCUCGCUCGCAAUCGAUACCGCGCGCGCGCUACAGGCCCGUAGCCAACGGUCGCGUGGCGCGUCACGACGUGGUGUUCAUGGGAAAUGUAGGGUUAGUUCCACGUGCGCUGUUGCCAGAUAAAGAAGACGUCUCCAAGACAAGCGCACACACAAUGCGGCGGGUCGGCCCUAUUUUCUCAUGUUUGGUUUGAUGUCAUGAGCUUUUCUUCUUCUUCCCACACAUGAACUCCAAUUAGCAUGAAGCAGUGUUAAGCACUGGCCUCGCUUUAACGUUGCAUCCAGCUGCUGCACGACAGAAAACACGGCGAGGGAGAUACGAAGGUUAAAGGUCCUGAGCAAGAAGGGAAGAGCUCCAGUCAGCCCCGCAGCAGUCUCUCAUCUUGUUUCACUUUGUCCAUGCAUCUCCCAGCAUACGCUCGGAUGGUUCUAAAGAGGCUGCGUGUAGUUUCUUGAACUUUAAUUAAACUGACAGAAUAAGCAAUUAGAGGCCUUCGGUUGCAGAUUCACAAAGGUGCAGGGAUUUUUCGGGAAUAACCAUCUCCGCGGAGAGCUCCGAGAAUAUGCCGUCACUGGAGGAUUCAUCCGAGCGGAUCGUGAGAAACAGUCCGCCUGCAGUGUGUUUGUGCGAAUCCAGGCCCCGUCGCGAGUUCACUCACCGCAACCUGAUUACACGCUGUCUUACAGGAAUAGAGCUCAUUCAGAUUCGAUUUCAAAAGUCUGUUUUGCGCAGAGGUGUUGCCUCCUAUUGGGGCCUGACAACACAAAAAGAACAAAUCUGAUUGCAGAGUGGGGUUUUCAAUAAGGCCGCUGUGGAAAUGCAACGUUAUUGACGGAGCAGAGCGGGGGGGGCAUCUCUUCUUCUGUACAUCUCUUCGCCUCCAGCAACAGCUCGGCGCUCUGACAAAUGGGUUCAAAUUGGUUCCGAAAUGGGAGAAAGUGAAACGGGCUGAAGCGCCAGUGCAUCAUUGUCACAUUAGCGCUGCAGUAUAUUUGCUGUUAUUACUACGAACAAAUAACAGAGUGAUGACGGCUGCGGCCUCUUUAUCACACGCACAUUGUUAGAUAUCAUCGCGCAAAGACUAUCUGCGCGUGCUACACGCCACGUAGUCCUCCCGUCCAAGUCCCUCUCGGUUUACUUUUCCUCUGCAGAAGAGGCUUUCGAAUCCGUUAUCGACGAUUGGAAGUUGAUUUAACAAAUGUUUUUGUUGUUUUUUAUAUGUCUGUAUUUUGUACAAGGUAAACCAAUCACACACAGCGUGGUCAUCAGUGAGAAGUGUCGGUGGGUGAGCCCCUUACCCUAACUGUCAGGGUAAGACUCCACCCAAAAAGACAUUAUCUACCAGCCAGAUGAGUGUAGUAUCUUCUCAUCGGGACCCAAAAAUGUGGGACUACUCCUUUGACGCACGCAACACCUUAGGGCGCUUUCACGCCUGCCUUGUCCGGCCCGGACCUUCUGACCUUCCGGGGGCCUCGGACCACGGGUCCGGACCUAAAGAGGUGGUCUUUAAACUGAACCGUGGUUCGGUUCGUCAGCAGUGCGGCAGCUGUCUUCUGGACGGUUCGGACUUCAGGACCAAUUGGUUGAGGUAGCUAGCUCUGAGCAAAAAAAGAGCCGCGGUAGCACCUGGGGAGAGGAGGAGACGGAACAUCGCAUUGCAAUUUGGUCCAACGAUAACACCAACGCGAACAAACGCGUGAAAAUGCUGAAAUUUCUAACUGAUUUUGAGAGAGAGAGGAUGUUAGAGGGCGGCAGAGCGGAAACAGGAAAGGUCUCGAAUUGACAACGUGCCGACGUGGGAUCCAUCGACGUCCAGGGAAACGCAGCGCGCGUACUGCAGGCGAUAACGUCAGGAUGUGUAGGUAUGUCGCGCGACGCGAAACCCCAAAGAAACGAACCGGAUCGAACGUGAACAAUGUGACGCAGACGCAAACACGAGCGACGGUUUCGCACCUCGGGGGGAAAAUGUCCUUCAACGCAGCGGUCGAACCAAAAGAGAGGAGGUCGACCUCGGGGGUCCUUCUGCAACAGCAAUGCUGCAGCUUCAGCGCCUGCUCAGAUGCAGGUCUGUUAUUCCGGCCGGAGCUCCACUGGGACUUUUCUGCGAACAAUUAUCAACCACCCCUCCAACUCGUCCGAGCAAACACGAGGCCGGCUGCGGGAAACUGACAGGUGGGACGGGCACCGGACCCACGCACUCGCCCCCCCCCCGGCGAGACGCAGCAGGCUCCCAGUUGUGAUGAGUGACGGGACAAGAGAAACAUUUCAAGAGUUUGAAAAACAAGUAUACGACAAAAUGUAUCGCUCCAGCAGAUGAGGAAUUACGUGAAGACUGAGGAAGGUGAUAGUAGGAAAUAAUUCUUCUGUCUCACGUCAUCUUCAAUUUAUUGCAUAUUUAGAGGACGGAGGUGGUUUUCACGUGAUUCUAAAUUCACACACACACACACACACAAUCUCUAAAUGUGGAGAUUCUUGAAAAAUCACAGUUUCAUGCCAAGAAACGCACCGACUGACAGUGACUUGGGUCGCAUCACUGUGUAUAGCGCGCGCGCGUGUGUGUGUAUAGUAACUAAAGCUCUGUGAAUAUUAAUGUAUAUAGGAGUAUUUCAUUGUGUAUAUAAACAAUGCCACAUAUAUAUACUCUGCAAGUGCUACUAUUAAAGCUUUAACAUUUUAUAUUA